AUGAACUUCGAUUCGGGCACUGCUUACGCAGAGUCGGAUGCCGACGACGAAUACGAGCGCAGUCUGGGGCCCAACUCGCCUGUCGCCGACGAUGAAGGCUCGCCAAUCGACUCCGAACUCCCCUCUUCCAACGAGCAUACCCCCACGACCUACGGUCACCGUAGCAGCGCCGACCGCCUACCCGAGACCAUCAUUUCCGAGUGGACCGCCGACGAGUGCGCCGAUUUCAUCAGCACAAUCGGUUUGGCGCAAUAUGCCGACAGCUUUGUUGAAAACGAGAUUGUCGGCGAAGCCUUGGUUGCCCUACAACACGAUGACCUGAAGUCUAUGGGUAUUGCCAGUGUUGGCCAUCGCCUCACUAUCCUGAAGAGCGUUUAUGAUGUAAAGAAGGCCCAGGACAUACCAAUAGAGAGCGACCAUUAUGUGCCGUUAUCUGCCGAUGCGGAGGCCCAGUACGCGACAGCAACCCUCAAGGAUAUCAAGCACUUGGUCGAGCAGCUCCGUCUACGAGACGAGAGAAUGAGCAUGGUAGAGAAGGACCUGCGUCGACUCUCCGAAGACUUCAGACGGCUGAGGGAGGAUAUGCUGCCUGCGUUGCGCUUGGCAAAGGAUUCAUCACAACCACUGCCCAACGUCUCCAACAACAGCAACCAGGGCUAUGGCUACGAGACCGUAUCGCCACCCGCUCCAACACCCUCUUCCACUCAGUCGAUGAGCCUGCAACGGCAGUACUCUACCAAGAGAAUCAUGCUAGGAACGACGCCAAAGAACAACUCGCCGUCACACCUGCAAACAACGCACGAAAGGUCGAUGGAGCAAACGCUGGAUCCCUCAAAUGCUGCGGAACGAGCCGUGUUAUCUUCAUCGCAUCUGGCAGCUAUGAAUGGCUCAGCUACGGCUACAUCUCCCGGCUAUCCUUCCCCGAACAUGCCCUCGCCGACCUCCCCUCCGACACUUGGCGGCGCGACCUUGGGCUCUCGAUCCUAUCGCUCCGACCGCUCCGAAGCCCCGACGCCUUCUACACGAUCCACCUUUGCCGAAAACGACCAUAGUUACAAAGGCCGGGAACAGCAAACGGCGCCGAAACGCGGACCAACCCCAGCCCCCGAUACACCAAGCACGAGUAACGCAUCUGUCGAGAUCUUCAAGUCAUUCCGAGUCAGUAUGGACGAUCCGUGCUACAAGGUGCUGCCCGCCGCCCUCAAAAAAUACCAAAUCAAUGCACCCUGGGAUCAGUACGCCCUGUAUAUUGUCUACGGCGAUCAGGAGCGGUGCCUGGGGCUGGAGGAGAAACCUCUGAUCCUAUUCAAACAGCUGGAUAAGGAGGGCAAGAAACCAAUGUUCAUGUUACGAAAGACGAACAACGCACAAGUCGAUGCGUCGUCAGAACAACCAGGGAGUGCCGGGCUGGGAGCCAGAGGCGCGACAACGGGCUAUGAUCCGCCUGGUGGUAUCAUUUAG